GAGUUUCCGGUGGCUCAACCGCCGAAUAGAACAGAUUGCGCCACCUGCUGUUUAGACGCGCAAUGCUCAAGGGGUCAAGAAUCUUGAUCUAAAAAUAACACAAAUAUCCUUGAAAUUCCAUCCUAGAUUCAUACAUUUUAACAACUGGAAGAGUAUAGCUCCCCGAGUAUACAAUAACAGUUAAAAUGUUUACAUUUCCCCAGCUUUUUUGUAAUCACUCUCUUUUCCUAACAAGUGUCCCAGUCUAAACAUGGAUUGGAUUUUCUGUGCUAAUCUCCUAAUUCGAUUACUUUACAAAUCCUUGUGUUUAAAAUACAUUCACUUUAGACUAGCGGAGGACAGAGAAAGGCUGACUAUUUAAUUUACACUCAGAGUUUGACAGGGAAUGUUUUGCAUAACCUGCUGGCAAGGAUGGGUAUCUUGAUUCUGAUUUUGGUCACUUUGACCUGUGUUGGCCGUGUCUAUGGACAAGAAAGCUACGCAGGUGAAAACAUCACCCGUAUUCUGGACCGACUACUGGAUGGAUAUGACAACAGGUUGCGGCCAGGAUCCGGAGGUAUGAUUACAGAGGUGAAAACAGAUAUCUUUGUCACCAGCUUUGGACCAGUAUCAGAUGUGGAAAUGGAGUACACUAUAGACAUGUUCUUCCGCCAGACCUGGGUGGACGAGAGGCUGAAGUACGACGGCGCCGUGGAGAUCUUGCGUCUCAACAACAAGAUGGUGGAUAAGAUCUGGACACCCGACACGUUCUUCAGGAACUCCAGGAAGUCCAUCGCACACAAUAUGACCACUCCCAACAAGCUGUUCCGCAUCAUGCAGAACGGGACCGUCCUCUAUACCAUGAGACUAACCAUCAGUGCAGAAUGUCCCAUGAGUCUCAUGGACUUCCCUAUGGAUGGACAUGCCUGUCCUCUCAAGUUCGGCAGCUAUGCGUACACGAGCAGUGAGAUCACCUUUACCUGGAGGAAGGGUCUGGAAGCUUCUGUAGACUGUCCUCAGGAGUCUAUCAGUCUGCUACAGUAUGACCUGGUGGGACAGAGGUUAUCCAUGGAGACGUUCAAGUCCAACACAGGUUUCUACUCUGUCAUGGUAGUCCAUUUUCUACUACAGAGGAAGCUAGGCUACUACCUGAUUCAGACGUACAUCCCUCUGAUUAUGGUGGUGGUGCUGUCACAAGUAGCCUUCUGGAUCAACAAAGAGUCUGUCCCUGCACGAACUGUGGCUGGCAUCACCACGGUCCUCACCAUGACAACCCUCAGCAUCAGCGCCCGCCAGUCUCUGCCCAAAGUAUCCUACGCUACAGCCAUGGACUGGUUCAUCGCCGUGUGUUUUGCAUUUGUGGCAUCCGCGCUCAUUGAGUUCGCUGCCGUCAACUACUUGGCCACGCUUGAGGCCAACAGACUGAAGAAGAGGAACGCCAGGCAGAACAAACUGGAGGUCCUGGCUGAAGCAAGUUAUGAUGAAGAGGAUGAGAGUGCCUCAUCUCCCCCCUCAGAGAGAGGGGGCCUGAAGAAGAGGUAUAACUCCAUAUCCCAGAGUGAGACAGACACUGGCCCCUCGGUGCCCAUCUUCCUGCAGCAGGGUUCAGCUGUGCCCCCCAUCCCAGCGCUGGCUGGCACCAGCCCCAUAGACCAGUACUCCCGCAUCAUGUUCCCCCUGGCCUUCGCACUCUUUAACCUCUUCUACUGGAUCAUAUACCUGGGCAAGGACACCAUGGAACAAGCCAGAGGUGAUUGAGCCUCUUGCUCCAACGGAUGUGUCAUCUACGGGGAAUGUUCUGUAGAGACCUUGUUCAUUCAUCUCUGUCCUUCGCUCUACCAACAAGUACUCAACAUUCACAUUACUUUCAGUCCAUAUAGGAAAUGAAUAAAAAAAAUAAUUUCCGACCA